UCAGGCGCCAUGUGGCAGGCAUUACUCUUGGUCUUCUUGACUGCUCUUCUGGGAAUAAAUAACGGAGCUCACUUUCUGACAGUGGACAAAACCACAAAGAAGUUCAAGCACAAUGGUCAGACAAUCUUCUUGGCGGGUAUGAAUCAAGCUUGGAAUGACUACGCCAGAGAUUUCGGCAACCAUCUUUACGCCAAAAACAAGGCGGAUUUGGAACGAUACCUGAAGGCUAUUCAUGACGCUGGAGGCAAUUCCGUGCGAAUCUGGUUGCACAUCGAGGGUGAGAACACUCCGCAGUUUGACAGCCACGGUUUCGUCACAGCGCCAGACCGUGACGGUACACUGAUCAGCGACAUGAAGCAGUACCUACAGGCCGCCUACAGGUACAACAUCCUCGUGUUCUUCUGUCUGUGGAACGGCGCUACCCACCAGACAGACAAGCUGGAGGGGCUGAUCAAGACGGAGGCUAAGCUAGACACGUACAUCAACAAAGCCCUCAUCCCCAUCGUUCGCGGGGUGAAGAGCGAGCCCGCCCUAGGAGGCUGGGACAUAAUCAACGAGCCUAAUAACGUAAUGAUCCCGUACUUGUACAACUCAGAGCGCUGCUUUGACACGAAGAGCUUCGCUGGAGGCGGAAAAGCUCACCUAUACACCAUGCAACAAAUCCAAAAGUUUGUGAACUGGCAAGCGGACGCCAUCCACCGGGAAGACCCGAAAAGUCUUGUGACUGUGGGUGUGAUUAACCAAUGGUUCAUUACCGAUCAGUUCUACGCCAAGAAUUUCUACACAGACCACUGCCUCAAGCUGGCUGGCGCACGAAACCAGGGACAUCUGGAUUUCUACACGGUGCAUACUUAUGCCAGUUCCAGUAGUCACUAUCAAGGACACGCCCCUUUCUUGAAAAAUGCCGACGACUACAAGCUGGAUAAGCCAAUAGUGAUAGCCGAAUUCAGUGAAUACUGCGGUGGCGGCAUGACGAUUAAUCAACAGUAUCAGUACGCCUACAACCACGGCUGGUCGGGGGCCUGGAGCUGGCAUGCCCGGGGCCCCAAGGGGUCGUGCUCGGACGAUCUCAUCACCCAGGAGGACGGCAUCCGGUCAGUGCGGAACUAUAACGACCAAUCGAAAGGCGGCCUUGUCAAGCUCAAUCUGCAUGUUUAAAUAAACAUUAGUCCGCGUACAUGUUACUGGUGACUUGUUAAUGGUCCAGAAACGUUUGGUCUAAAUAAGUUGUGGAA